AUGGAACUUGUGACACGAGGCAAGGAAGAAAGGGUCCCGAGCUCGGCCGGAGUUUUGGACAUAGUGGGGAGGGGAAGGGGGUCCCAGGCUCCGGACACGAAUGGUGAGUCCGGGCUCGGGCACACGGGGGAGAGGAGGGGGGUCCCGAGCUCGGCACCCGGGGAGAGGAGGGGGGUCACGGGCUCGGGCAUAGGGGGAAAUGAGGGGGUCCCGGGCUCGGGCAUGGGGGGAAAGGAGGGGUCCCGGGCUCGGGCAGAGCUAGUGAUACGAGGGAAAGGGGAUAGGGUUCCUGAGCUCAGGCGGAGCCUUGGACAUGUAGGGGGAAGGGACGCGGAGGGGAAGAGUGGUCUUGGGCUCGUGCGGAGCCUGGGACACGGGGGAGAGGGAGCGGUCCUGGGCUCGGGCGGAGCCUGUGACACGGGGGAGGGGGAGUGGUCCUGGGCUCGGGCACGGGGGGUCACGGGCUCCGGCGGAGCUCAACACGAGGCAAGGGAGAGCGGGUCCCGAGCCUGGGUGGAGUUUGGGACACAGUGGGGAGGGGAAGGGGUGUCCUGGGCUCGGGCGGAACCUGGGCAGUUUCGGGCUCUGGCACACGAGGGAUAG